AGCAUUCUGAUUCGCACAAGUUUCUCUCCAUUAACUCACGCAAAUAAAAUGAAAAUUUAAACCAAUUAAACUUGUCGUUUACAACAUAAUUAUGGCUUAAAUGCAUACAUAUUUUACCUCUAAAUAGACCGCCCUUACUCGAUAAGUACAUUCCGAAAGUUUAUUUUCUUGGGGUUAAAUGUAAGCGGAAGUUUAUUUUUGUGUUCGUUUUCAUUUCUCUAUAAAAAAGAACAAACAAAAUCAACACAAACAAUGAAGUCAGAGGACAACGAAGAAACACAGCUUGAAAUCGGCGAUCACUAUUUAGUGAGAAGAAACGAUAAAUCAUGGCAUGCUGCAGAGAUCAUUCAGACGCGUGCCAAGGAGUUGGGUGGAUAUGAGUACUAUGUCCACUAUGAUGGAUUCAACCGUCGUCUGGAUGAGUGGGUCGACCUUGACCGGCUGGACCUGUCCACUAAACUGGAGGACCAGCAGACAAAGAUCAACGAUGUCAAGGUCAUGACAACUGACCUCAGUGAUGGAACUGAUCGGAAACUGACUCGCAAUCAGAAACGCAAGCAUGAUGAAAUCAACCAUGUGCAGAAGACAUAUGCAGAGAUGGACCCUACCACAGCUGCCUUGGAGAAGGAACAUGAGGCGAUCACAAAGGUGAAGUACAUAGACAAGGUGCAGAUAGGCAAGUACGAGAUCGACACCUGGUACUUCUCCCCCUACCCAGAUGAGUACGGCAAGCAGACCAAGCUCUUCAUCUGUGAAUACUGCCUCAAAUACAUGAAGCUGGAGAAGACAUUCCGCUAUCACCAGAGCCAGUGUAUCUACCGAUUCCCUCCCGGCAAGGAGAUCUAUAGGAAAGGAACCCUCUCUGUGUUUGAAGUGGAUGGAAAAGACAGCAAGAUCUACUGCCAGAACCUGUGCCUGCUAGCCAAGCUGUUCCUGGACCACAAGACUCUGUACUUUGACGUGGAGCCUUUCCUCUUCUAUAUCCUUACUGAGGUGGACAGACAUGGCUGCCAUCUUGUUGGAUACUUCUCAAAGGAAAAGGAGUCCCCAGACGGCAACAAUGUGGCGUGUAUCCUCACAUUGCCCCCCUUCCAGAGGAAAGGUUACGGCAAGUUCCUGAUAGCCUUCAGCUAUGAGCUGUCCAAGCUAGAUGGUACAGUGGGAUCCCCAGAGAAGCCCCUGUCAGACCUGGGCAAGCUGUCCUACCGCAGCUACUGGUCCUGGGUCCUACUGGAGAUACUCAGGGACUUCAGGGGCACUCUCUCCAUCAAGGAUCUCAGUGAGUUGACGAGUAUCACUCAGAACGACAUCAUCAGCACGCUGCAGUCGUUGAACAUGGUCAAGUAUUGGAAGGGUCAGCACGUGAUCUGCGUGACCCCCAAACUUGUGGAUGAACAUCUGAAGAGUGCCCAGUACAAACGGCCUGUCCUCACUGUGGACUCCAUGUGCCUUCGCUGGGAACCACCAAGAAAACAGCAGAAACUCAACAAGAAACUCUAAAGUUUCAGUGUCUCACUUUCUUUGAUAUCUGUGGGUUCUUUUUCUACCAAUUUCACUGAACUACCAAUAAAGCAGCAGAAACUGAACAACUGAAACUGAAUGUCUAGUAUUGAAUUAAAUACAUGAAUUAUGAAGUUGGAGUCACUCAUUUCUUGGAUAUCAGUGUUUAGUUUUGCGCAUUCCACUGAUAUUUAAAUUUCUCUGUCUUCGAUAUCUGGUAAAGGUUUUUCACUUGUUGCUCUUGUAAUUAGUUAAGACUUGUGAUAUUUACCAGAUAUUUGCAGUUUUUUUUAUGAAAUCAUUUGGAACAAUUGGAAAAUGCAUCAGGUGUGUUGGGAAGCAGUAAAUAUCAAGUGGCAGAAACAUUCUUUUCCAUCUUAAUCAGAACUUGAUUGAUGAGAAAUAAGUUUUAUUGUCAUGUUAAAGAGAUAGUUUGACAAUAUGCAUAGUUUACACAUAUUUCAGUGGUUAUUUUAGCUGUUUUAUAACAUUGAUUGAAAGAACUAGUUCGUUGUCAAGUGUUACCUAUUAUUGACAUGAUUGGCAUAGUUGUCUGGAAAGGCGUCCUGAACCUUUCACAUUGUGAAUAUUUGUCCACCAUUGUGUUCAAGUUUCUGUAUCACAUGUCUUGUAUGUUUGUGAUUUGUGUCAUGCAUCCAAAAGAUUAGAUAUUUUAUUAACUCUUUCAGUGCUGGAACCGAAUUUUGAAGGCCUUUGCAAACAAUUUGGAUCCAGAUGAGAUGCCACAGAACAUGGCGUCUCAUCAGGAUCCAAACUGUUUGCUAUUCUGAUAGUAUUCUUUGAAGAAAUCGAAGAAAUUGCUAAUUUUAGAAAUUCAGCAGACGACAUUUAAGCAGACGACAAAUUUCCCACCAUGCAAAGGGUUAAUAAAAAAGGAUAUGAGCCAUGGUCUGGGAAAAAGAGGCUUAAUGCUGAUGUGUAAAGUGUCAUCCCAGAUUAGCCUGUGCAGGCUUAAUGCUGGUGUGUAAAGUGUCAUCCCAGAUUUGCCUGUGCAGGCUUAAUGCUGAUGUGUAAAGUGUCAUCCCAGAUAAGCCUGUGCAGGCUUAAUGCUGAUGUGUAAAGUGUCAUCCCAGAUUAGCCUGUGCAGGCUUAAUGCUGGUGUGUAAAGUGUCAUCCCAGAUUAGCCUGUGUAGGCUUAAUGCUGGUGUGUAAAGUGUCAUCCCAGAUUAGCCUGUGCAGGCUUAAUGCUGGUGUGUAAAGUGUCAUCCCAGAUUAGCCUGUGUAGGCUUAUCAGAAACACAUAACACACAUGCAUUAAGCCCCCUUUUCCCAUAUGCUUUUUCUCUAGUUAAGCAAUAGGGCAUUUAGUGAUUGUCCAUCCUUCUGUCCGUCCUGUUUUUUGUCCUGUCUGUGGAGGUAAAGUAGAGUUUACAUUUACAUCUAGCACUUCUAUUGAUCAGUGAUUGCUACAACCCUCUGACACUUAACCCUUUAUCACUUAGAUACGUAUUUUUACACAUUUGUAGUCCCUUAAUUUAAUAAAAGACCUUUCGUACUAGAUUCAAGCUUUAAAAGCUUCAUUUCAACCCUUGGAUACUGAUGAGCAGCAAACAACAUAAAACCACAGACUGUUCUGGUUUUAUGCUGUUUGCACAUACAUGUAGCCACUUAACUUCUGAGUGGGAAAGGGUUAAGACAGCUGUUGCUUGUAAUUAUUCCCCAUCUACUCAUAUCGCCUAGCCUCAUUUUAAUCCUGAUUUAAUUUGGUCUUCAAAUAAACGAAAUGGGAUAUUUCUUGUAAAAAUAUUUGACAAUUUUUUUUGUUUUAUUGUUUCUAUUUGUUCCAUUUCACAUAUAUAUAUUGUCAUAUAUUCAUUAUUUAUUUAUUGUAAACGUUUUUAAGACAAGAAUGGUUUUUGUUACAUCUCACAAUACAUGAUAAUCAAUUUUUUUUUUUAGUAUUUAAUGUGUUUUUUGGGCGUAUGUGGAAGCUUCAAACAUGUAUUUGUAAGGUAUAUGUUCACCUUUAUUUUGCCGCCAUACUUUGUGCGUGUCAAUUUGUGUGUUGCUCUGGUUUUUAUGCAUAUCUCAUGAUCAAAAGGAAUACAUGUGUGUUUAAACUGUU